GAGCAAGUUCCUGGACCAUCAAAACAAACACACACACACACACACACACACACACAGAAGCUAAUGUCAGUGAAAGCUACUGCUGUCCAAUCUGCUGUUUCACCAUGCCUCUGAAAUCGUGUUGCAUUUAUAGCACCGGAGUUUUUUCUAUACUAAUCCUGAUUUUGGGUAUUGCUCUGGUCUUGUCUAACGUGUUUCCACAUUUUGUACAGUCGAUGGUAAAGGAGGAAGUCGUUUUAAAGAAUGGCACAGAAGCAUUUAAGGACUGGGAAAAUCCACCACCUCCUGUUUACAUGCAGUUUUACUUCUUUAAUUUGACCAAUCCCAUGGAGGUUCUGGCUGGGGAUAGGCCUGCUGUGGUGCAGAUCGGACCAUAUACAUACAGAGAGUACCGGCCUAUGGAGCAAGUGGACUUCCUGGAUAAUGGCACUAAAGUAACAGCUGUCAAUACUAAGACCUACAUAUUCCAGCGUAACAUGUCCCGAGGUCCAGAGAGUGACCUCAUCAGGACAGUCAACAUCCCUGCAAUGACGGUGAUGGAGAUGUUUAAGAAUAAUCCUCUCGCAGCCAAUUUGAUCUCCUCCUACAUGAGGGGCAAAGAUGACGGCCUGUUUACGACCCGCACAGUGGGAGAGCUGCUGUGGGGAUAUGAAGACGGCCUGCUCAAAGCCCUCAAACUUUUUAAACAUGACCUGGAUGAUGUUUUUGGACUCUUCUAUAAGAGUAACGCUUCUAAUGAUGGUGAAUAUGUGUUCUUCACUGGCCAGCAAAACUACAAAGACUUUGCUAGAGUGGAUACAUGGAACGGUGCAAGCUCGCUAAAUUGGUGGUCGUCUGAUGAGUGCAAUAUGAUCAAUGGAACCAAUGGAGCGUCAUUCCAUCCAGUUCUCACUAAGGAUGAGAUGCUCUACAUGUUCUCCUCUGACCUGUGCAGGUCUCUGUAUGCUCUGUAUGAAGAGGAUGUGACCGUGAAGGGGAUUCCUGCAUAUCGCUUCAGUCCACCCAGCAAAGUGUUUGCCAAUCUGACCGUGAACCCAGCCAACGCAGGCUUCUGUGUCCCAGCUGGAAAUUGCCUGGGCUCUGGUGUGCUGAACGUCAGUGCAUGCAAACAAGGAGCUCCCAUCAUCAUGUCCUCACCGCACUUCUACCAGGCAGAUGAGAAAUUUGUUGAGGAUGUAUUUGGCAUGUGGCCUGUGAAGGAGCAGCACCAGACUACGAUUGAUAUCAAUCCGCUAACAGGAAUCAUCCUGCAAGCAGCAAAGCGGCUCCAGGUCAACGUCUAUGUCGAGAAGAUUCCCACCUUUAGUCCGACAGGAAAUGUGAGAACGCUGGUCUUUCCUGUGGUUUAUCUCAAUGAGAGCGUCCUAAUCGACGACGAGUCCGCCCUGAAGCUGCGGGCGAUUGUUGCUAAGCAGAAUGUUGUGGUGAACAUUCCGUUCAUACUGGUUGGUCUGGGCAUCAUUCUGGGAGGAAUCUUCAUGUUCCUGAUGUGUCGACAGAAGAUCCCUGAGAGCACUGCUGCUGAGCGACAGCCUCUGCUCUCAUCAUAGCACCAAACAGGAUGUGAAAGGAGGAGGAUCAACAAUUUCAAAGGUUCAACCAGUUUGCAGUUUUCCCCAUUAACCUCCAAGUUACGCUUCAAAUUAAUAACCCGAAUUUCUCCUGUUAAUCUAUUUUUUAAAAAAAUUUAAUGUGGUGGUUUCAUGGAACACAUUCAAGACGAGCGAGUCCUCUUUUUAGUGUUGUCUGUUAUGUUGUGUGUCUUUAAAUUACAUCUUUUUUUUGUUUUUUUUGUUACUGAUGAAUAUGGGAUUUUGGAUCAAACUAAUCUGAACUGAGCUCCUGCCAAAUGUAAUUUGAAUUCUCUGGAGAGUUGACUCUGAAUUAUUCGAGCUUCCAGGAAUUUAAGUUAAAAAGAAAAAUAGUUUUUAUCAUAACCCACAUUGUUGUGUGAAAUUGCUGCUUUUUGUAUGUGUGUGUGUAUUCAUAAAAUGAUCAGCUCAAGUGUUAAAUGAAGGAACUGUGUUAGUGCCCUUUCCAUAUGGUCUGGAGAAGUCAUUGAGGCAUCAGUAAGAAUAAUGUCUAUACAGCUGGUUUAAUGCAAGAUGAAUUUUUCAUCCUUCACAGUUUAGUAAGAUUAACAUUUCACAUUUUUGAGUUGUGCUAAAACAUAAGCAAAAUAAAGAAACAAGUCAGGGUGUACAGGACGGCUGCUGGCACGGUGUCUAACUGUAUCUUUCUGUAUUCAGGUCUGAAGUCAUUUUGAUAAAUAAGGGGUUGGUUGUUUAUCACACUUGAUUUUUUUUUCUUUUUCUUUUUUUUUUUUUUCAGUCGGUUUGAUAGACAGGAGCUCUGAACCUUUAAUAAACCUUCUGAAACCACUUGUGUUGUUCAUACACAAUGGAAAUCCAUUAUGUAGGAACAACUUCAUGCUAGUGACACUACAGGUAAAAAAGAACAAAUAUUAAACAUUAAUUAAAAGACUCUGCACUUCUAAACAGCAUUUUAUCAGAUUAUCGUGGCUUUAUUUAAAGCUUUGAAGGCUGACUUAAAUACCUGUUUUCGAAAUGUAACUGAUGUUCUGUCCCAUACUACACAGUGUGUCAAUAUAAUGUGUCGUUUUUUGCGGUUUAAGUAACCACUGUUUCACACAUCACUGACAGGUUGUCGUGUGUUAAUGUUGUUGUAUCUGUUUAUAUAUAAAACAUAAGGUUGUUUACAGUACCACUCUUACAUAGUACAAUAUAUAUGUAAUCACUUCACACAUUUACAUACGUCAGUAGGUCAUCUAUCUCUCAAGUUGCACUAUAUCCUGUCUUUUACUACAACUUCAAUAAAUUUGCUUCGUCUCUGAA